UCCUCCUGCCACAUGGUGGCGCUGCAGUACCACGGAGUCCUGUCCACUUCCGCUGGUUGGAAGGACUCCUGUGGCAGAUUCGACAGAAAUUUCAAUAGAAUGGAGGAUCAAAAAGCGGCCGGUGCCGUGUUUAUGUGUCGGCUGUGCCACCUCUUCUCUCCCAGUCGCGCCCAGCUGCUCUCCCAUUGCUCCGCACUGCACAGCGAGCAGCAGCCUCCUGAUGACAUCAUCGUCGCCCUGCGGCCUCUCGCAGGAGACCCCGCGGAGGCGCCUGCAGACAGACCAGUGAAGCGAAAACGAGGACGACCAAAAGGCUCAAAAAAGAAAUCGCGCACCGAUUUGACAGAGAGCAAGGCUGACUCUACCCAGUCUGAUGUUCAGAGAGACGAAGAAAAGGAGAAGGGAGAUGAACAAAGUAGCUCAGCAACAGGCAAAAGCCAUGACAGGAUACUGGGGCUUGAAUGUCGAGACUGCCAUCGCUCCUUCAGCAAUAGACGACAGAUACGCAAACACAUAUGCUUGAGAGAAGAGGAUGAGGAAGACGAAGAGGAGAAUGGAAGCCCCUGUGGUGGAGCAGGAAUCGAUGGUUCUGGGAGUCUGGACCCUGAGGGAGCGGAUCCACUGCAGAGCCCCGUAAAACCAGCACUCGUGAGAAAAAAAGGUGUGGGCGGCUUCAGACCCCCGAGAACCGGUCGAAGCCGCACCUCCAAAGAAGGACGCUCAACAGCGGUAAACAAAAUGUCGGUCUUCAGUGUUGUUCUCACAGAAGAUGAAACCCUUCCAGGUGUUUCUAAAAUGGUUCAAGUAGAUGAAAGUUCAGUGGAGACGGAGUCUUCGACCAUUAAACCUCAGCAGUCUGCAGUUUUGCAGAGUCAGUCACAAGACCCUGCAAGGGAGGCCAUUAACUGCGAGGGAAACCCUGAAACCGAUCAGGAGCCAAGCAGUGUGAUCCCUUUGUCCUCAACAACAACAACACCAACAACAGCAGCAGCAGCAGCAGCCAGCAGAGGAUUCCAGGAAUAUUCUAUCAAGCAAGAUGCUACAAAUUCAAUUCAGAGCCAGUUGAAGAUCUUUUCCUGUGAGUUCUGUAACAAGAUCUUUAAAUUCCGACACUCACUGAUGGCCCACCUCAGGACACACACCCAGGAGAAACCUUUUCAGUGUCCACACUGUGACUACGCAUCGGCCAUUAAAGCCAACCUGAGUGUUCACCUGAGGAAGCACACGGGAGAGAAGUUCAGCUGUCAGCACUGUCCUUUCAACUGCCUCAGCCCGGGACACCUCAAGGUGCACAUAGAGCGAGUCCAUCUGAAGGUGAAGCAGCACUGCAGCUUCUGUGAGAAGAAAUACUCCGACGUAAAGAACUUGCUGAAACACAUUGAGAAGCGACAUAACAUGAAAGAUCCUUCUAUCCACCAGAGCUACCAACAACUAAGGUUGAAGACUCGUCAGGGCCUCAGGCAGCUCCUCUACCACUGUCCCACCUGUAACCGGCGCUUUAAGAACCUGCUGGAGAGGGAGCGUCACCUGCUGGUCCACGGCCCCCGGCCUCCCUUUGCCUGCCUCAUCUGCGAUCAUGCUUCAACAAAGAUGGCCACCCUCGCCGCUCACGUCAGGAAGCACCUCUUCCUCUACACGUGCUGCGUGUGUGACGGGAAGUUUGUCAGCUCCCAGAGACUGAGUAGUCAUUUGAAAGAGUCCCACCAGGCGCUCGACCAGAAGCAGGCCUUUGCAGACUGCAUCAACAACAGCUACUACCUGGUGCAGCCUGGAGGAGGGAUGUGGGGGGAAGACGAGAGGGAAGACACAGAGAAAGGGACAAAGGAAGGAUGGCCCAGGACCGAGCAGGAGGGUGAAUAUGAGAGAGUGACGGAGGAGGGCAGACAAAAUGGCCUCGGGGCGGACGGGUGCCGGGAUGGGAAAGCAAAGCGGCUGAAAGUGGCACCAAGCGAAGGCCUGGGGCAAGAGGAGGAAGUAGAAGGAUCUAAAUCUGCGGGUGAAAGAGCAGAAAAUGCCCCGGGGAGAGAAGGAGAAAUAGAAAAUGGAAGUGAACAGCAAGGUUCCCAAGAUGGUGUCCAUCAAGCUGUUUCUACAGGAAGCACAACUCCCUCUGACCAGAAGGAUGAAGGAACAGCUGAGGAAAAGUCACAGGACAGCAGGGCAGACGCGUGCACCCCUCCAACUAGAGACGAUACACACACACCUCUGUUAGAGAAUGGCAAUCAAGAAAACACAAACCCAUCUGAUGAGAACACACAAACCCCUUCAGGGGAAAAUGGUCAAACUCCACUUUCAGAAAGCGUGACGGAUGUUUUCCAUCAGAGUGCGUUCCAGAAGGUGAUCUCAUCACUUCAGAAGACUCAGCUCAAUAUGGAGUCUUUCCAACGACUCAGGAAGGUUUACGGAGAGCUGGAGUGUCAAUACUGUGGUAAACUGUUCUGGUACAAAGUCCACUAUAACGCCCAUGUACGCACGCACACCAAGGAGCACUCGCAUUACUGUUCAAAGUGUAGCUACUCGUCCAUCACCAAGAGCUCUUUGAAGCGACACCUGAUCCAGAAGCACAGCGGUUUGCUGCUGCCCUGCUCACAUCCCGCCUGUCAAUACACCACACCUGACAAGUACAAACUUCAGGACCACUUGAAGACACAUCAGGAGCAGGGAAAGACUGCAACUUGUCCUGUCUGCCAGAAGAGCUUUUCCCAGCGAAGACUUAAACAACACAUCAAAGCAUCCCACCCUGAAACACUACCAUUGCAGGGAAAGGGAGUGAUGGUUCAGCGUGCAGAGAAGUGCCCCUACUGCGACUCCUACUUCUUAAAGAACAGCAGUGACUUUCAGCGGCACAUCUGGUUCCAUCAAGGUGUGAAGCCCUUCGUCUGCCACUUGUGCGACUACGCAGGCCGCAGUCGGAGUAACCUGAAGACUCACAUGAACCGACACAACACAGAGAGGCAUCACCUGUGUGAUCUGUGCGGUAAAAAGUUCAAAUCUAAAAACACGCUCAAAAGCCACAGGCUAAGCCACUCUGAUGAAGGGAAGCGGUUUCAAUGUUCAGAGUGUGACUUCACCUCGGUCUUCAAACCUUCGUUGCUCAGACACAUGGAGCAACACGCGGAGUACAAGCCAUUCCGCUGUGCUCACUGCCGCUACUCUUGUAACAUCGCUCGACCCUUGAAACGACACUACAACAUGAAACACCCAACCGAGAAAUAUCAGAAUGUCGGACCUGGACUGCCGAACGCCGAUGCUCUGAAACAGCAAGGUGGUAUGAAGUGUCCUGAAUGUGAGUUUGUUUAUGGAACCAAAUGGGAGCUGAACCGCCAUCUGAAGCGCAAGCACAGUCUAAAAGUGGUGGAAGGUUCCUGGGAGGUUGGGGAGACGGUGGAGGCCCAGUUUGUUGCUGUGGAAGACGAAGAGCAGCUGACAGAAGUAACUGUAGCAUCCCUGCAGGACAACGUCGAUAUCCAGCAGACCACUGAAUGCAAUUCAGAGACGCUCGACGCCGUCACUUCAAUGGUGGCCAUGGCUCCGGGCACUGUUACCGUUGUGCAACAGGUGGCUGGCGAGCAGGAGGACGACGAGUGCACAAACCAGCUGAUGGUGGUGAAUGCAGACGGGGAUCUAACUGGUGACCAAGUGAUGGUUGUGGAGGACGCAGAGAGCCUGGAGGCUCUGUCAGUUCUCACUCAGGGAGACAACACUCACCACUACAUUGUCUACGUCCAGGAACACACUGUAGAAAUCAACUAGUAAAGCUUGCAAAUUUAACAUCUGCAUGCAAGAGUGUAGUGACAUAAAAUGUACCAAUGGACAGUGCAUUCAGGAUUUAAUGAAUGUUUUCAAGUCAUCAUUAAGAAAUUCCAUUAUAAGAUUUAUUUUUCAGUCACUUAAUAAUGAAAAACUAGAAGUGCAAUAAUUGUUUAUGAUUAUAUGCAAUGUUUUGUACUUGCAAAAGUAUAUUUGAAUAAACCCUUGUCCUAAAAUGUU